UCCGCAGCGCUGAGCCGAUCAGAGGAGGGAGGCAGCAGAGGAGAUCAGUCGGUCCAGAACCCAGCAGCAUCAUGGCUCCUAUCGGAUUAAAGGCGGUGGUCGGAGAAAAGAUUAUGAACGAUGUAAUCAAAAAGGUGAAGAAGAAGUCAGAAUGGAAGGCGCUGAUUGUGGACCAGCUGAGCAUGAGGAUGUUGUCGUCCUGCUGCAAGAUGACAGACAUCAUGACAGAGGGCAUCACCAUUGUGGAGGACAUCAACAAGCGACGAGAGCCUCUUCCCAGCCUGGAGGCCAUUUACCUGAUUACACCCACAGAGAAGUCUGUCCACACCCUCAUUGCAGACUUCAAAGACCCUCAUUCAGCUAAAUACAAGGCAGCCCAUGUUUUCUUCACUGACUCCUGCCCUGAUCCUCUCUUCAACGAGCUGGUGAAGAGUCGUGCUUCCAAAUCCACCAAGACUCUGACGGAGAUCAACAUCGCCUUCUUGCCCUACGAGUCUCAGGUGUACUCUUUGGACAAUCCAGAUGCCUUCCACAGUUUCUACAGCCCUCAUAAGACCCAGAUGAAGAACCCAGUGAUGGAGAGGCUGGCCGAGCAGCUGGCGACGCUCUGUGCCACCCUGAAAGAGUAUCCUGCUGUCAGAUACCGAGGAGAGUACAAGGACAAUGCCACCCUGGCCCAGCUGGUUCAGGACAAACUGGACGCCUACAAGGCCGAUGAUCCCACCAUGGGAGAGGGUCCAGAUAAGGCUCGCUCACAGCUGAUCAUCCUGGACAGGGCGUUUGACCCAGUGUCACCCGUCCUGCAUGAGCUCACCUUCCAGGCCAUGGGCUACGACCUGCUGCCCAUCGAAAAUGACGUGUACAAGUAUGAGACCAGCGGCAUCGGAGACUCUCGUGAGAAGGAAGUUCUUCUGCAUGAAGACGAUGACCUGUGGGUGAGCCUGAGACACAAACACAUAGCCGAGGUGUCCCAGGAAGUGACACGCCAGCUGAAGGACUUUUCUGCCAGCAAGAGGAUGAACACUGGAGAGAAGACCACAAUGAGGGAUUUGUCCCAGAUGCUGAAGAAGAUGCCUCAGUACCAGAAGGAGCUCAGCAAGUACUCCACUCACCUGCAGCUGGCUGAGGACUGUAUGAAGCAUUACCAGGGAACGGUGGACAAACUGUGCCGUGUGGAACAGGAUCUGGCUAUGGGCACAGACGCUGAGGGAGAGAAGAUCAAAGACCCCAUGAGGGCCAUCGUGCCGAUCCUGCUGGACGCCAACGUCAGCACAUACGACAAGAUCCGCAUCAUCCUGCUUUACAUUUUCCUCAAGAACGGCAUCACGGAGGAGAACCUGAACAAGCUGAUCCAACACGCUCAGAUUCCACCUGAGGACAGUGAGAUCAUCACCAACAUGGCUCACCUGGGCGUCCCCAUCAUCACAGACUCGACCCUCCGCAGAGGGAAGAAGCUGGACAGGAAGGAGCGUGUGAGCGAGCAAACCUACCAGUUGUCCCGCUGGACACCACUGGUCAAGGACAUCAUGGAGGAUGCUAUCGACGAUAAGCUGGACACUAAGCACUACCCCUACAUCUCCACCCGCUCCUCUGCCUCCUUCAGCACCACUGCAGUCAGUGCUCGGUACGGACACUGGCACAAGAGUAAGACUCCUGGAGAAUACCGCACCGGGCCUCGCGUCAUGGUCUUCAUCAUCGGCGGCGUCUCCUUCAGUGAGAUGCGCUGCGCCUACGAAGUCACACAGGCCAAUGGGAAGUGGGAAGCCAUCAUCGGUUCCACCCACAUGCUCACCCCCACCAAAUUCUUAUCGGACCUGCAGCACCCCGACUUCCGAGAGUCCACUAGGGUGUCCUUUGAGGACGCUGACCCCUCAGCCGAGUGAGGCAGAGACAGAUUGGGAGGGAGGGAGAGAGAAAUCACAGAAAAAAGAUCGACCCACAUCUUCACUCCCACCAGCCUGCUGGAGCAGCUCAAGGCCAUGAACAAACCAGACGAGGAAGUGACAAGUUAAAAUCCUCCAAUCACAUCGCUCUCUUCUUAAACCUCAACGCCCCCAUCUUACCUCCACAUCAUCCCCACAACCAGAUCCUACCCAUUAAUUGUGUAUGCAUCUUGCUUGAGAAGAAAAAAAAGACAUCUUAGAUGAUAAAAAAAACUCCAUAUAUGUUAUAUCAAAGAAUAAAACUGUUGGAAGUAUUCUCAUGUUUUACAAUGGAUGCAACUAACUUAUUUAAAACUGUUUAAAUAUCAGAACAGAAGGCCAUUUAAAACGGAAAAGUACCAAAAUGUAAUAUUGUAUGCUAUAAAAACCUGCUAGAAUGUGUAGAAAGGUAGACAUUUUGUUUGUUCCUUUGGGUUCCUUCCUCGGUGUGAGUUUUAUUAGAAGCGGGUGGAGGAGGGAUGUGCAGUCUGAAAGGCUCAUAUUGUAAAAUAUAUCCGUCAACAUGCAAUAUAUGUGUAUAAAUAAUUUCUUCAGAGAGGAGUCCUCCCCGCGCCCUCACCCUGUUUGAGAUGUUCGUAUUCAGUAGCAUGCUUGGACUUGUGUGGACUGUUACUGUGUUUGUACCCAGUGUGGAUGUUCUGAGAGGCACAGAGUUAGCAUUUAGCUGUUUCCUAAGACGUUGCGGCUGAAUAACUCCACCGAAAACUUUAGUUCUGAGUAUCAGAAUGGAUAAAAACGUGCUGCCAGUUUAUUAGAUCUACACAGCUUUGUUUGGUGUGAUCAAUUCUGUAUAUUUUAUAGAAUUAUGCACCUAAAAGCUUUGUUUUGAGUGAGUAAUACAGAAUUAUGCACACCAAACAUAUCUGGGUAAUUCUGUAUAACGUAUGGAUUCUGCCCCCUGGUGGUUAUGAAAGAAGUGCACAUAUGCAUAUUGUUACAAGGCAUAUAAACAACUGCACAUUUACUGAGGCUAAGCAGCUAGCAUGUAUUAAGCUAGCUAGUGUCUUUUUAGUUAUACAUUUAAAGGAUUUGACUAUCAACACAUCCAAGAAGCUAAAGAGGCACUAAGCUAAGUCAUGUUUCCAACUUCCUGGCUGGUCAUCUUAUGGUUUUUUCUGAAAUCCACCGCGAAAGUUCCAACUUGUCAAUGUGCUAGAAGCAAAUUCAAGACCUGAAUAGCAUGAUUAGCAAGGUUCCCGUAGAACUGUAUGGACUGAAAAAGUAUUUGGUGAUUUUCAAAAAGUGUCUUUCCCAGCAGGUUAUACCUCCUUUUUGUGCCCCGUUUUGGCGGUUGGAGAGUAGACGGUUGGCUUUUUGGCGGGAAAGGCAGGAAAUCAAGUCAUAGAUUUCUAUUCAGGAUUCUUUAAUUGGUGAGUCUCUCCUUGCUAAACCUUCACAAAAUGGUGCAAUGCAAUUUUAAAUGCAUUAUACUGUAAAUUUGGUGGUGGGUACUGCUGUCAGAGACACUUUUUGAAUGAUUUUAUUUUUAUUUGUGCAGGUUUGUAACCUUUUUUGUUUUUCACACGUUGUUUCGCUGUUAGCUAACUAAGCUAGCGACACAAAAAAGUUGCUGUUUGUAAAACAUCGAGCAUGUAACAGCAACAGAAAGUGGAUCUUAGACAUUUCUGUGGAUUUUUCAUUCAAACAUCGUGAUUUCAUGUUAGCUGCUUCCCUCCGUGAACUCUGUAAUGUACGUCUAUGGCUUGCGAGCGUUUGAUACUCAAAACGAGUUUUUGGUUUGGUUUAAAUUGCUUGGCUGAGCAGAAAAGAGAAAGCGCUCUGUAAAAAAGCCAGAAUCAUCCCUCCUCCGGCUGCCGAGACUGUAAAGUAUUUCCUUGCCACAACCUUUUUUCCUUUUCUCCGGAGAGACUUCUUCACGUUUUAAUGUCGAAAGGCCGUUGCUUGCUGAUAUUUAAUGAAUAAUCUUAAAAAGGGCCAGUUGUAUUUCAGUAUUGUAUCCUGUCAGAUUAAGUCUUAUCAUUGGUUAGUAAUGAUGUUUAAUUGGGCCAUGCACUCAGUAGUGUCGUGUAUCUGCCAUAUGUUGCUGUUUUAGCGUCUCACUGUUGACUGGUGAUUUUUCUGACUGUGAAGUAGUGAUAACUUUUUCCUUUUAAAAAUGCCAAUGUGAAGCUGCCGUGUUUGUGACGUUUUAGCUGUAGCUGUUAGUGGUCAAAACUGGGAAAAAGAACUAAUAUCUAUAUUUUCUUUGUCUGUUUCCUCCUCUGGUGCAAUGUAAAACCCUUCAAUGGUGAAUGGCUUUGCAAGAAAAAAAAGAAACUUAAACCCACGCCACUUUAUUUUCCUCCUGGCCAAACAAGUUGUAUAUUGCACUAUAACGCGUUUUCUGUGAUGCAAACGCUUGAGUUUGUGUUUAUUUUUUAUUUCUAUUAUAAUUUGCUGUUGUAUAGGGUUUACUCUGUCGAAGCAAUUGAUUUAUAUCAAAAUUAUUUAUCAGAGAAAAUAAUAUUGAAACAUUAGUCUGUCCUCAAACUGUUUAACUUAUUGGGAUUGUAUGUUUGCGAGUGUUGAAGCACAAACAAUACUUCCAUGUGUACCUAAUAUGUACUAAGGCUGUCUAAUAAAUUGGCUUCCAUUAUA